UCGCGCGACAUGAAGCAGCACGUCGAACACCUGCGACGCGUCUUCGAAAUUCUUCGACGGGAACGAUUCUACGUCAAACUGUCCAAGAGCGAAUUCGCCCUGGAAAAGGUCCAAUUUCUAGGACACAUGGUGAGCGCUCAAGGAGUUCACGUCGACCCCAAGAAAAUCGAAGCCGUACGUACGUGGAAGACACCCGAGAACGUGAAGGAGUUGCAGCAGUUCCUAGGCUUCGCUAAUUACUACAACAGGUUCGUGCCACAGUAUGCGAAACUCGCGGCACCACUCACGAAUCUGCUGAAGAAGAACACGCCCUACAAAUGGGAGAUGAAGCACCAGGAAGCCGUGGAGCAGCUGAAACAAGCACUAACAUCCGCACCGGUGCUCAUCUUGCCAGAUCCCGAACGUGACUACGUCAUUGAAGCAGAUGCCAGUGAUCAGGCCGUGGGUGCAGUCUUGAUGCAAGACCAAGGGAAUGGACUGCAACCCAUUGCCUACCUCAGCAAGAAACUGCACGGGGCAGAACUCAACUACCCGAUACACGACAAAGAGGCUCUUGCUAUCAUCAUCGCCUUCAAAGCGUGGAGAUGCUAUCUCGAAGGACGAAGAACAACCGUUUACACCGACCACUGCAGCCUGAAAUAUUUGAAGACACAACCCAACCUUUCCAGGCGGCAGGUCCGGUGGAUCGACUUCCUCGAGACACACUUCCACUACGACAUCGUGUACAAGCCCGGCCACAAGAACAAAGCAGACGCUCUCAGCCGGCCUGCACACGUUGCCGCGAUUCAGAAGAUGUCCAGAAAAUUCGUCACCUCGUAUGAUACAUGUCAGCGGAUGAAGAGCAGCAAGCAGAAAAAGGCGGGACUACUGCAGCCUCUUCCUGUCCCAGAACAACCAUGGCAAGUGGUUAGCCUAGACUUCAUCACUGGGUUACCACCUACCUCCAGCGGACAUGACGCCAUCCUUGUCGUCAUUGACAAGUUCUCCAAAAUGGGACACUUCAUCCCGACACACACGACGGCACGCACCGAGGAGACAGCACAACUCUUUGUUCGCUACAUCAUCUCACAGCAUGGCAUUCCAACAACACUCAUCUCCGACCGAGACCCCAAGUUCACCAGCAAGUUCUGGAAGGAACUCAUGUCUCUGCUCGGCACCAAACUCGCCAUGUCAUCUGCAUACCAUCCGCAGACAGACGGACAGACCGAGCGCCUUAACCAGAUUGUUGAGCAACUCCUCCGAGCAGCCUGCAAGGACGACAUCUCCAAAUGGGACUUGCACCUGCCCGUCCUGGAGUUUGCCUACAACAACGCUACACACGCCGCUACGGGACAGACGCCGUUCUUCCUCUGCUACGGACGCCACCCACUCACACCACAGAAACCGACAACACCAGCAAAAGUCCAACCUGCACACGACUUCAUCACAACCAUGCAUCAGCUUUGGGAUCGGACCCAUAAGCGCCUCCUUGACAUUCAACAGCAACAGAAGCGCCAGGCCGAUCGCCAUCGCAACGACCACACCAUUUCCGUGGGAGACCAGGUGCUUCUCGACACCCGCAACCUGGACAUCAGCCACCUCCCAUCUAAACUUCGACCUCGCUUCUGCGGGCCUUUCCUCGUUGAAGCACAGUUACUACUCGAAGAAUACCACAACGUCCUAUACGCCGGACACUUCGGUAGCAACAAAACGCUGACCGGUAUUGCAAAACACUACUACUGGCCCCACUUGGCAGAGGCUGCUCAGAAAUUUGUCACCUCGUGUGAUACAUGUCAGCGGAUGAAGAGCAGCAAACAGAAAAAGGCGGGACUACUGCAGCCUCUUCUUGUCCCAGAACAGCCAUGGCAAGUGGUUAGCCUGGAAUUCAUCACCGGGUUACCACCUACCACCAGCGAUCAUGACGCAAUCCUUGUCGUCAUCGACAAAUUCUCCAAAAGUGAACACUUCAUCCCGACACACACGACAGCACGCACCGAGGAGACAGCACAACUAUUCGUUCGUUACAUCAUCUCACAGCAUGGCAUUCCAACCACACUUAUCUCUGACCAUGACUCCAAGUUCACCAGCAAGUUCUGGAAGGAACUCCUGUCUCUACUCGGGACCAAACUCGCCAUGUCAUCUGCCUACCAUCCACAGAUAGACGGACAGACCAAGCGCCUCAACCAAAUUGUUGAGAAACUCCUUCGAGCAGCCUGCAAGGACGAGAUUUCCAAAUGGGACUUGCACCUGCCCGUUCUAGAGUUUGCUUACAACAACGCUACACAUGCCGCUACUGGACAGAUGCCGUUCUUCCUCUGCUACGGAGGCCACCCACUCACACCACAAAACCGACAGCAUCAGCUACAACCUCGUGAGGACCCGCUUUUUGGCAUUUAACAUUUCAAGACCCCCCAGCUUUGAUUUC